CAACAGUAACCCCAUCUCUAAUAUAUUGGAAUAUUUUCUAGAAGUUGACAUCGUUCUAGAGAGAGAGAGAGAGAGAGAGACAUGGACGCAGAAAAGAUUGCAGAGCUAAAGCUCUUCGUGGAGAAGUGCAAAUCAAACCCUUCCAUUCUACACAACAAGUCUCUAGGGUUUUUCAAAAGCUAUCUCGAAAGCUUGGGCGCUCGAAUUCCACCAGCACCAGAAUCAGAUAAAGAUGGUAAGGACACUAAAGGUUCUAAGGAACGUCCUGGUGCCAAGAAAACCAAUCUGCCUGGCGAGGAUAAAUUGGAUGAGGAUAUUGUUGAAUCUGAUGUUGAGUUGGAUAACACUGAUGUUAUUAAGCCUGAUAAUGAUCCUCCACAGAAGAUGGGAGAUCCUUCAAUUGAAGUUACUGAAGAAAAUUGGGAUGCUGCACAAAUAUUAAAAUCAAAAGCUCUAGAUGCAAUUUGUGAAGGUGAGUUGGAUGGAGCUGUAGAUCAUCUAACAGAAGCCAUUUUAUUGAAUCCAAGUUCAGCUAUAUUAUAUGCAACUAGAGCUAGUGUAUUUGUUAAACUGGGAAAACCAAAUGCUGCAAUCCGUGACUCUGAUGCUGCUUUACAGAUUAACCCUGACUCAGCAAAAGGGUACAAAAUACGAGGAAUGGCAAGGGCCAUGUUGGGCCACUGGGAAAAAGCAGCAAGUGAUCUUCGUGUGGCAGCAAAGUUAGAUUAUGAUGUGGAGAUCGGUUUGGUCCUUAAAAAGCUUAGGAUGUCAUGGAUAUUGUUGGCUAUAAAUCUGCAGGUAGAGCCUAAUGUACACAAAAUUGAAGAGCAUCAUAGAAAAUAUGAACGCCUGCGAAAAGAGAAGGAGCUAAGAAAAAUUGAACGUGAGAGGCAACAGCGGCGAGCUGAAGCCCAAUCAACAUUUGAAAGAGAUAGGAAGGUGGAACAUUCUUCUGAAACUAAACCUUCGGAUCCAGAAGCAGCAUCUGCUUUGAAGGAUGGGCAUGUUAUUGGCAUCCACUCUGCUAGUGAAUUGGACACCAAGUUAAAUGCUGCUUCAAGGACAUCUCGACUGGCUAUUCUGUACUUCACUGCAACUUGGUGUGGGCCCUGCCGUUUCAUGUCUCCUCUUUAUACUAGCUUGGCUGGGAAGCAGCCAAACGUUGUAUUCUUGAAAGUUGAUAUUGACGAGGCAAAGGAUGUGGCUGCACGCUGGAACAUCAGCAGCGUUCCAACUUUCUUCUUUAUAAAAAAUGGCAAGGAGGUUGACAAAGUAGUAGGCGCUGACAAAAGCUCACUUGAAAGCAAGAUUGCCCAAUAUGCAGGCCAUUCAUAAGUCAUAUGUGAAUUUAUCAGGUUUUUCUUUGUCAGGUUAACUUGGAUAAAUGGUCUGUCUGUUCCCAUAGUAUUUUACCUAACUGUUUUUGUGGUGCGACCAGUGUUUGCUUAAAUAUAGAAGUGUGGCUUGAGAAUUGACCUCAAACAUUCUUUUUUUACACCGAACCUUAAUUGCAGAAAAUUACUUUUUGAUUUUAGCUAAGGUGUCAGGUUCAAGAUUUAAAUUGCCAUUUGGAGCAUCUUAUGUAAACAACAGAGCUACAUUGCUGAGGUUUUAACAAAUGGUAAUAACUAUGUUGAAAUGUUUGCUUGA